GUUUCGGCGCUUGAACGUUUCUACUUCCGGUUCACUUGACGCAACCUCUGUGUACCCAUCCGGGACUUGUUGUUCUUUCGUGUUCCCUUCUCAUAACCGAACGACCUCCUUCAAAACAUUUUCAUUGAAUGCGACAAUUACCACUGACUGAAGGGAGGCCAACGCAAUCCCGAACAUCAAAGAGUAGAGACGUGGAAAAUUAGGAGAGGAAAUCCAGGUCACGACGAACAACUGAAAAAUGAAGUGCCCCACAGAUGUCACUGUAGAAGAUCUUCACCCUGAGAAGCACGAUUUCCUCCAAGUUAAACAGAAGGAGGAGUCCGACAUGCCGUGGAUCAAACAGGAGGUGGAACCAGAGACCCCUGACAUUAAAGAAGAAAAACAGGAAGUUGAAAUCCUUAAGUUUCCAAUGGGUGUAAGUGUAAAGAGCGAAGAAGACAAAAGUUCAAGCGAUGACAGCGGAGCAGCGAAACCUUGGAGCGACAGCUCAUUUCAGCACCUGACUAUAAAAAGAGAGGAACGAUCGCAACCGGACAGCCUUUUAGCUCCGCUUUCGGACAGCGACAACAUAACGUCACAUUCUUCUGACUCUAAUAGUGUUGAGGAGGAUAAUUACUUUGACCAAAAUGAUUCAAAAUCUUUAAACAAGUCAUCAUUGAAAAGAGACACAAAGGGAUGCGUUGGGAAACCUUUUCCCUGCUCAUUCUGUGAUAAAACAUUUUCUUGGAAAUGUUAUUUAAAAGAACACAUGCGUACACACACCGGGGAGAAACCUUUUGUGUGCACGAGCUGUGGUAAAAGAUUCACCCAUAAGGGAAAUUUAAAGAGACACACAAGAACACACACUGGAGAGAAGCCUUUUGCCUGCACAUUUUGUGGUAAAAGAUUCACCCAUAAGGGAGAUUUAAACAAACACACAAGCACACACACUGGAGAGAAGCCUUAUGCCUGCACACUUUGUGAUAAAAAAUUCUUCGUGAAGGCAAAUUUAAACAUUCAUACAAGAACACACACUGGAGAGAAGCCUUUUGCCUGCACACUUUGUUGUAAAAGAUUCGUCGAGAAGGGUGGUUUAAAGAAACACACAAGAACACACACUGAAGAGAAGCCUUAUGCCUGCACACUUUGCGAUAAAAGAUUCUUCGAUAAGAGAGGUUUAAACAGACAUACCAGAAACCACACUGGAGAGAAGCCUUUUGCCUGCAUACUUUGUGGUAAAAGAUUUACUCAGAAGACUGAUUUAGAAAGGCAUAAGCAUACACACACAGGAGAAAAGCCUUUUGUCUGCUCACUUUGUGGUAAAAGAUUCAUUGAGAAAACUGAUUUAGAAAGGCAUAAGCGUAUACACACUGGCGAAAAGCCUUUUGCCUGCACAUCUUGUGGUAAAAGAUUCUUCGAUAAGAGAGUUUUAAACAGACACACAAGCAGACACACUGGAGAGAAGCCUUUCGCCUGCACGCUUUGCGAUAAAAGAUACUUCGAUAAGAGAGGUUUAAACAGACAUACCAGAAACCACACUGGAGAGAAGCCUUUUGCCUGCAUACUUUGUGGUAAAAGAUUUACUCAGAAGACUGAUUUAGAAAGGCAUAAGCAUACACACACAGGAGAAAAGCCUUUUGUCUGCUCACUUUGUGGUAAAGGAUUCACUGAGAAAACUGAUUUAGAAAGGCAUAAGCGUAUACACACUGGCGAAAAGCCUUUUGCCUGCACAUCUUGUGGUAAAAGAUUCUUCGAUAAGAGAGUUUUAAACAGACACACAAGUAGACACACUGGAGAGAAGCCUUUCGCCUGCACGCUUUGCGAUAAAAGAUUCUUCGAUAAGAGAGGUUUAAACAUUCAUAAAAGAACACACUCUGGAGAAAAACCUUUUGCAUGCUCACUUUGUGGUAAACGAUUCGCUCAGAAGGGAAAUUUAGCAGUGCACGCAAGAAGCCACACGGAGCAAAAACCUGUGAAUUCUGACAAAAUAUUCUGAUUCCUGCAUUUACAGCGGAAAAAGCGUUUCAAUUUAAUCAGUUUCCCAUGAGCCUCUUUUGAAAAAAGUUGUUGAAAUGAUUUUUCAUGUGCUGUUCUUUUUUACCACUAUCCAACUCAAAUAUACUCAAAUAUUUAUAUUUUAAAUUGUGUGAAUUGCAUUACAUGUCUUUCUGUUAAUUGUUCCAUCAAUUCCUAACAGCUUGCUUUUAAGGGUGUUAAGAAAAAUUGAUCCCUAAAUCGCAAUAUUAGGUCACGCAACUCUCGUAUCGAUUCAAAAUCCAUCUGCAUCAAUCUUUACAUGUGUGUUUUUGGUGGAAACUAUUAAGUGGCUGCACUUUUUACUCCUGUCCAGCAGUUGGCAGCAUUGCCUUGCAGUCCGCUGAAGUAAUAACAAGAUUAGACCAAUCUGAGUAGAGGUUUUUGUACGUCGCGCUCUAGUGGUUGGCCGUCAUUACUGGGGUGUUUACACACUUAUAGCAGCCCACCGUCAGUCGAUAUAAACAGUAACAUUAGCUGCUGUGUGCUGAGAGCGGCACACAUCAGCAAUGGUGGACGGGGUAC